GUUGUACCGGACGUUUAAAGACAGUAAAUACCUGUACAUGCUGAUGGAGGCCUGUCUGGGAGGAGAGCUGUGGACCAUUCUGAGAGACAGGGGUUCAUUUGAAGACUCGACCACCCGUUUCUACACAGCGUGUGUGGUCGAAGCCUUCGCCUACCUGCACGCCAAAGGCAUCAUUUACAGAGACCUGAAACCCGAAAACCUCAUCCUGGACAGCCGGGGAUACGCCAAGCUGGUGGACUUUGGUUUUGCCAAGAAGAACGGUUUCUGUAAGAAGACAUGGACGUUCUGCGGGACUCCGGAGUACGUGGCUCCGGAGAUCAUCCUCAACAAGGGUCACGAUGUCUCGGCCGACUACUGGUCUCUGGGCAUCCUGAUGUACGAGCUGCUGACCGGCAGUCCCCCUUUCUCAGGUCCAGAUCCGAUGAAAACCUACAACAUCAUCCUGAGAGGCAUCGAUAUGGUCGAGUUCCCCCAGAAGAUCACCAAGAACGCUGCCAACCUCAUCAGGAAGCUCUGCAGAGACAAUCCCUCCGAGAGACUCGGGAACCUGAAGAACGGAGUCAAGGACAUCCAGAAGCACAAGUGGUUUGAGGGCUUUAACUGGGACGGCCUGAGGAAAGGGACUCUGACUCCGCCCAUCACACCUGAUGUUUCCUCUCCGACCGACACAAGCAACUUCGACAGUUUCCCGGAAGACACAGACGAGCCGCCACCGGACGACAACUCCGGAUGGGAUUACGACUUUUAGUCCAGCUCGUAUCCAAACCCAAAGCCUGACACUGUUACGGCUGGCAUCGUCGAUAUCAAAAUCUGGGAAGAAGACGACUUCCUUCACCGCCAGGCUGACGAAAGAAACAAAGAUGAGCUCAAUGUGCCAUUUGGAGGACGUCUUACUUACCCACAGCGCCUACUGUGACUUUGCUUGUGUUGUUUAAAGUAUUAUUGGACCCUGUAGGAAUCAAACGCCCAAGUUUUGUGGCCACAUUGGGUCCCCAAGGGAUUUGAGUACUGAGGGAAAGAACUGGAGGUCUCUCAAAGAUCAAACUUGUACUGUUUGUUCGCUUUAACCGGAGGAAGCGUGAGCUGCAAAAACACCUGAAAACUGGAAGAGAAAGGUGUUUGUAGGAAUCAAACCCUCAAGUUUUGUAGCCACAUUGUGUCCCCAAGGGAUUGGAGUAUGCAGACAGCAGCAGAUGGAGGAGGAUUGGAGUUCUCUCGCUGAUCAAACUGGUCCGGUUUGGGCCCUCUAACUGGAGAAACCAUAAGCUGCCAGAACACCUUAGAGCUGGAAGAGGAAGGGGAGGUUCAAGGAUGAAUCAACAGUUGGCCCCUGUUUCCAAGACCAGGUCCACUUGUUUUUCAAGUCCCUCAGAGUAGUUAAAAGUUCUUCGAAAUCUCAGAGUGACACAUGCCUGGUUCAAAGGGGUUCAAGCGUGUUCUUGACUUUUACAACCUGAGAAAGGUAUCCUCCAGAUUUUAGAAAGCUGUCAGAAAUCUGUAACAUAAUUACUCAGUCUGCAAAAAUGUGCCCAUGGGGAAGAAAAUAAUUGCAAGGCCUAGGAGUGUUUCCUUUCAAAGCCAGGUGAUUCUGAACCGAGAACAACCCUGAUUCCUUGUUUGUCUACAGCUGAACUUUGGGUAUGUUCAUCCAUCAGCAGUCAGUCAUGCUGUAAGUCCUAUAUAUUGCUGCAAGACAACUGUUUAUCAUGUCUUUGAAUCAGUCUUAGAGUAACGCAUAUGUGGUCCUACUUUGGGUAAAAGAGUACAAGCAUGUCCUUAACUUUCUCGACCGGGGUAAAGUCAUCCAAAGCCAGCUCUUUCAGAUGUUAGAGAGCUGUCAGAACUCUGGAACAUUAUCACCUCGUGAACACAAAUGUGCCAACGCUUAAAAAUAAAAGACAUUUGAGCAAUGCCACGGAAGUUUUAACCAAGAACGACACUGAUUCCUUGUUUGGCUGCAGCUCAACUUUGGGUAUGUUCACCGAUCAGCAGUCGGUCUCACACUGGAAAUGGAAAGCCUCGGUCAAGACACAAAGUGAGUCGGGCAUGUGCAGAAUAGCUGCCAUCUUUGACAAGUGGGUAACACUAAAUACUGUCAACCAGGAAAAGCGUGUUCGUUCCUUGGAAGUGUUUUCAUUCAGGGCAGUCAUCUGGCGGUGCCUGUACCCGACACGCAGUCACCUAUUUGUGUAUAUAUAUAGAGUACCAGUCAAUGGUUUGGACACACUGUUCCAUUCACUUGAAUGAGAAAGUGUGUCCAAGCCUUUGACAGGUGCUGUAUAUAUAUUGACCAUUUUGCAUAUCGCGUCAGUCAGUAACUAUGUGGUAUGUCCAAGUGGUGUUGCCAUACCUACCUGUCAAAGAUGGUGGCCGUUCUGCACAUGGCCAACUCACUUUUAGCUGCAUCUCAUGUCGCUUAAAUUGCCUCCCAGACUCCUUCACUUGGCUCCCUUCCUCGCAUCUUAGUCCCUCCCACCGAGGAGGCAAGGGAGAGACGUGAGGAGUCAUCGGAGGAGAGAGGCAACGAGCAAAUGUGUUUUAGAGAGAUGAGACCUCCUUUCCUCUGAAGCGUUGCAUCAAUACGUCAGCUGUUUGGGUGGAGCUAGGCUGCUGUCUGUAUCCUCACCUAUAGCUCCUCAAUGAUCCUUCCUCAAUGAUCCCUCCUCGAUGAUCCUUCCUCAAUUAUCCUUACUCAAUUAUCCUUCCUCAAUGAUCCUUCCUCAAUGAUCCUUCCUCAAUGACCCUUCCUCAAUGAUCCUUCCUCAAUGAUCCUUCCUUAAUGAUCCUUCCUCAAUUAUCCUUACUCAAUUAUCCUUCCUCAAUGAUCCUUCCUCAAUGAUCCUUCCUCAAUGACCCUUCCUUAAUGAUCCUUCCUCAAUUAUCCUUACUCAAUGAUCCUUCCUCAAUGAUCCCUCCUCGAUGAUCCCUCCUCAAUUAUCCUUCCUCAAUGAUCCUUCCUCGAUGAUCCUUCCUCAAUGAUCCUUCCUCAAUUAUCCUUCCUCAAUGAUCCUUCCUCGAUGAUCCUUCCUCAAUGAUCCUUCCUCAAUUAUCCCACUUCAAUGAUCCUUCCUCAAUGAUUCCUCCUCAAUGAUCCCUCCUCAAUGAUCCUUCCUCAAUGAUCCUUCCUCAAUGAUCCUUCCUCAAUGAUCCUUCCUCAAUGAUCCUUCCUAGAUGAUCCUUCCUCAAUGAUCCUUCCUCAAUGAUCCUUCCUCAAUGAUCCGUCCUCAAUGAUCCUUCCUAGAUGAUCCUUCCUCAAUGAUCCUUCCUCAAUGAUCCGUCCUCAAUGAUCCUUCCUAGAUGAUCCUUCCUCAAUGAUCCUUCCUCAAUGAUCCUUCCUCAAUUAUCCCACUUCAAUGAUCCUUCCUCAAUGAUCCCUCCUCGAUGCUCCCUUCUCGAUGAUCCCUCCUCAAUGAUCCUUCCUCGAUGAUCCUUCCUCGAUGAUCCUUCCUCGAUGCUCCCUUCUCGAUGAUCCCUCCUCAAUGAUCCUUCCUCAAUGAUCCUUCCUCAAUGAUCCUUCCUCGAUGAUCCCUCCUAGGACCUCGGGGCAGAAAUAAGAGCUUUGAGACGGCCUUCACCGAGCAGAGGACCGAACAACUCCCUGGUCAGCCGAGGACAGAGGAGUCGAGGAGAUCUCACAUGAUAAGUCCCACAGGAUGUACCUAUUGUAUCUUGACAGCCUCUGCUCCUGUCAAGUGUCCUUGAUCAGUGGCUGACACCUGACCUUUGACCCCUUACGAGGGAGAUCAUGCUUCUGCUGCCUGUCCUGUGAUAUUGCGAUGUCGUUUGGGUUUUGUGGUUUCUGGUGGGUUUUUUUGGACCCUUUGAACCCAAUUUUUGACUCUGCGAGAGUUGGCUGGAGGAGUGAUGGUUGCAAGAAGAUUUUGGACGAACUCAAACCACAGGAGAAAAGAUUUAAGACUGAACAGGCAAACUCGGGGUCACCAUGUUGCCUUCAUUGUCAUUUCAGUUUCGGGAACUUUAAAAUCCAAAGACAGAAAGCCUUUUUUUAGAUAUUUUGGGGGGCGUAGCAACAGUGGUCGUCCUCACUGGAUGAUGCAUGGGAGUUGAGAAAAUUCCUACUGUUAACCCUUGUGUUGUCUCCCCUUCGACCAUGAUGCAACUU